CUAUACAUCAAGAACGGCCAGGGCUUCAUCCUCGUCUACAGCCUCGUCAACCAGCAGAGCUUCCAGGAUAUCAAGCCCAUGCGGGACCAGAUCAUCCGAGUGAAGCGGUAUGAGAAAGUGCCAGUCAUCUUGGUUGGGAACAAAGUGGACCUGGAAAGUGAGAGGGAGGUGUCAUCCAACGAAGGCAGGGCCCUCGCCGAAGAGUGGGGCUGCCCCUUUAUGGAGACUUCUGCGAAGAGCAAAACGAUGGUGGACGAACUCUUUGCCGAAAUCGUGAGGCAGAUGAACUACGCCGCGCAGCCUGACAAAGACGACCCGUGCUGUUCCGCCUGUAACAUCCAAUAGCGUCCGAUGCGGCCGCCCCGGUCGGGCCUUGCCCGCUACCGCAGGCGAGGGCGCACCUCGUCCACACGACUGCGGAGUCCGCAGGGUGUGGGGGGUGACUCUGCAGUGCAACGGCCACCCUCGUUCGGCGUCGAGCAGUGAUUGUCAGUUGAGGUCUCUGAGUACCACUUGGGGUCAGUAGCUACAGUCUUCACCGUUGUCCUCGGCCUCCUGGACGCACCUGCAACCUGAAGGCAUAGCCAGUCUACAGGGUGAUCUCCUUCGGAAGCUGUGGUGGCAUUGUCACCGAGUUGACAGAAGCAACUAUUGUAUAAAUUCAAAAUAAUCAUGAGAGA